CACACAGGCGUUAUUACCAGCUGCCUGGGGUCCUUCUCGGCAGCUACACCUUACCAAGAUGGCAGCGAACAGCAAUAGCACGGUCAGUAAAUCCAGCAGCUCUUCUGGAGGCAAACCUUGUGGUCCGUCAACUGAACAGGUGGUGGCAACAUUUCAGAGGAUGCGACAAGAACAGCGCAGUAUGGCUUCGAAAGCUGCAGAGUUGGAGAUGGAUGUUAACGAGCACAGCUUAGUCAUUGACACUCUGAAGGAGGUGGAUCCUUCGAGGAAAUGCUUUCGUCUGGUAGGAGGGGUGUUGGUGGAGAGAACAGUAAAAGAAGUUCUACCAGCCCUAGAAAACAACAAAGAACAGAUAACGAAAAUAAUCGAAUCCCUCAACGCACAGAUGCAGGCUAAAGGUCGGGAACUCACUGAGUACAGGGAGCGCUACAACAUUCGUUUGGUCAGUGAGGGUGACGGGGAGAUGCAAGCCCCGUCAGCAGAGCCAGCGACAGCAGACAGCGAAGGAGGCGGGUCCAAAAGUGCAGCCAGCGUUUUGGUGUCAUAAGUUCGUAAUGACGGGAAGACGCAUCCAUUUCUGCAACACUGAAAUUGGAGGCGGAGUCUCACCAUGUAGAAGAACUGGUCCUGGAAGGCUUUUGUCUUAAUUAGCAAGAACUUAAUGAUCAAACUUUGGGUUUGUUUAACUGUAAAGCUUCUUCAAAACCACUUUGUGUCCAGUUUAUAUAUGUAAAAAGAAAAAACUACUGCUGCCACACUUUAGUCGUGAUAAAUCUUGUCUUUGUCUUUUUUGGUCCAUGCCAGAAUUGUUUCAGCUUAUGGUGACAUUAAAGGAAGGACGCGGCUCAUCGGAGCGGCGGUGCUGUGUUCAAAGUGAUUGUGAUUAGCUGGGAUUAAAGAGUGUUACAGUUGCA